AUGGAAAGCGAUGCCCCCGCUGUGUGCGGGAAGAUUGGUUUUAUCACGGAUUGCGAGGGGAAUUAUGAGUACUGGCAAGCAUCAGUGGCCUUGAGCGAUGUGGUCGGCUGGGAUUCUGACGGGGAACUAGCUUUCAUCAACGAUCCUGAGAAAGAUGGCUUCGUGUUCGGGGGUGAUGUUUUUGAUAAAGGCACAGGUGACCUCCGAAUCGCACAGCAGCUCCUGGCCUUCAAGCGCCGGCACCCCGAACGCGUGUGGCUGCUAGCAGGCAAUCGAGACAUCAACAAGCUGCGGCUCACAGCCGAGCUGGCUGAGGAGGAGAUCGACGUGCCGCAGCCGGUGCCGGUCUAUCCUCGAGCUCCACCGCAGGUCUCUUUGCGGUCAUUCCUGGAGAAGAAGCAGCAAGAAGAGGGUGUAAGAUCCUUGGCUGAAGUGAACACCCGGGCUAACCGACUGCGCUGGAUCUUGGACCAUACCAUGACCGCAGGUGGAGCCUUCGAGUCUCGUCGUCGGGAACUCGCAUUGCUGGCCGGAGUGGAUGAGGAAGCCGUGGACGAGGAAGCGGUGGUCCAGAGCUUUCUCAAGUCGGUGGAGGAGGAGGGGGUUGUUUGGGAGUACUUGCGGGAGAGCUGCCUACUGGUGCUGGUGGGCCCGUGGCUGUUCGUGCAUGGAGGCAUCCCGAAGGACGCGCUGCGUUGGAUCCCCUCGCAUGACAUGCGCUACGUGGCGCCCGAGCCCGGGGCCGAGCCGGGCGGAAGCAGCCUCGCAUCGGACCGCCUCAUCGACUGGGUCGAGGCGAUGAACCGCUUCCUUCACGAAGGCUUGCAAAGCCAUCGCGCGCAGCCGCUCUUUUGCCACUCCGAGACCCGCGCGCGCGGCGGCGAGGCCUUACUGGUGUUGACCAGCACUCCUGCCUGUUUCCGGCGCUCCGUCGUGGUGGAAUCAUUGCUGGAGGGAGGAAUGCCGACGACUUUGCACCCAGAGGUGGAAGAGUUCUUGGCAUCCGAUGGAGUGAGGGCAGUCUUUUGUGGGCACAAGCCUUGUGGAGAUUCGCCGUUCGUGGUGCGAGGAGAGAAGGUGAGCUUCCUCCACUGUGAUACCACCUACAGCGACCCGCGCGCGCCCGACCAGCGCGGCCGCGCCGUGGCGGCCGUGACGGCGGUGAGCUCGGGUGAGAGCGCAUGCGUUCGGAUCCGAGGAUGCUUGGCGGAUGGCGAUGAGUAUGACUUCUGCCUCUUCGGUCCGGACGGCGAUCCCUUCGUGGGGCGCCGGACGCCCGACCACGGCUACGUCAAGGCUCGGCUGGGGACGCCUGACCGCGACGGCGCAGCGCCGCGCUACCGGGUGGUGCGCGGCGAUGGCGCACGACGGCUGAACUAUGAGACCUGCCAGGAAGAAGACUUGAGGUGCGUGGUUUGA